AUGGGCCAAGGACACUCCCACUCCGCCCCCGAGCGUCCCCCAACCGCACCCCAAGAACCCGAGCGCGAGCUGGAUCCAGAAGAGCGCGCGAGGAUCCAGGCAGAAGAACGCGAGCGACGCGCCGCAGCGGUACAGGCGCGGUUAGCUGGGCAGCAGAAGCGCAGUGGGAAUGGGAAUGGCGUGGGGGCUGGGGCAGGUGGGACAAAGAAGAAGCCGAGUGCGCUCGAGCAGAUGAGUGCGGAGAACCGGGGGUGGAGGGCGGCGGACGAGCAGGCGGAGUUGAGGAGUUGGAAUUGA